AUGGCUACGGUCAAAGAACGUCCGAUCUCUCGACAGGCAUGCAACCGAUGCCACACAGCUAAGCUUCGAUGUUCUCGCGAACCUGAAAGUCAGAAGUGUGCUCGGUGCAUCAAGGCUGGCGUUGGGUGUAUAUACGAUCCACCACACCGGCUCGGUCGACCCCGACGGACAGGCUCCAUCCAAACAUGCGCCAACUCUAGCCUUGUUAUAGCCUAUAGUGCCGCCAUGAGCCCUGACAGUCCUCUAAAUGCGACAACGGCGGCGGAUAUCACAGGUGCAAACGGUAAUGCCCAAGGGCUGGAGAGCAGUCCUGGGUACCAAGAGCCAACAGGAUUAGACAUUUACGGCCAACCUACACAGACUGACGAAUUCUGUCUUUUUUCCCAUCUCUUCAGUUCUGGGUCCAACUUCGAUAUCCCCAUGAGUCCUUCGCCGGCCGCUGAAUCUAAUAAAGGCUCUGGGGAGCGAAGCCCGCAAGCCAUACCGACACCAUCAUCUACCCAGCCCCUGCUUCUAUCCUCUGUGGAUGAGAUGAGCUGCCCUGACCCAAAUAUACCAGAUGACCCAGUACUGGCUCUGACCCAUCUGCAGGCCGAGUUAAGUAAUAUUCAUAGCAAAUUGGCCGGUAUAAAACAGGCUCACCCGUCUCAGUUUUCUAACAAGGGAAAGGAAGAACUACUAAUCUCCAAUGACUGCUUCAAGGCCCAGCUUCGAGCCAACAUUAAAGCCUCGGAGCAGACAUUGGAUGUUCUGAGCCGCAUUAACGGGCAGCCCCGUCCCAAUGCCACCGAAAUGGCAGGAUUAGGGCCACUAGACUCCUUUGGCCUAUCCAGCGGAGACUAUUACCACCCGCAAGGUAGCCCAUCGUUUCCAGCUCCCGAUCCCUGUAUGGGCCAUCAGAGGCGAUUGUGGGUCUUCCAAUGGUAA